AUGGCUCUCAAGGAUUGGCGCAAGGCACUUCACUUCCUUGGCGUUGUCGUCUCUACACCUGUUGCUAGCUCUGUGAGCUUGGUCAUGGUGGAUGCAUACAAAAAAUGGGUUCUAGUAGGUCUACUUGAACAUGGCAGGUUGUACCCACCUCCAACUAUCACCACCCCUCAUGUGAUGAAGAUAUAUCAGUCACUGGCGAGGCCCUAUGUUAUACUUGCACACGCCUUCGAGCGAGGUGACAUCCGAAGAUUGAAAUCUGAGGUUGAUUCGGCAGAAGAUAUCUGGCAGAAUGACAAUAACAUGGGCCUGGUCUCCCAGGUCGUGAACAUCUUUUUCGGCCAGGCUAUCACCAAGCUUGGAAAGACGUUCGCAGCUUUAACAGUCGCCGACCUUGCAAAACAAGUGUUCCCUUUGCCCGUGCGUGGAGAAGUUGCCGAGUCUGUGAUUGUGUCUCUCGUGUUGUCUGGUGCUUUAGACGCUACGUUACUACAGACUCAAGAUCAUGCGGUGUCGUCAAUGCUGCGAUUUUCGGCUACUUCUUCGUCCACUCGACUGUCGCAUGAAUUGAACAUACAAUCCCAAUUCCAGAGGGAGCGAAGUUUAAUGGAGGCCUUGGUGGGCAAUCUAAGCGAGAGCAAUCAGAACCUAGGCCUGAGUGAUGAAUGUGUUGACAGUGUUCAUAAAGGACAGGCUUGGUCGGGUUCUGAAGUGAAUCCAGUUCUAGGGGAGGAAGUUGGCUUGGAGAUGGAUGAGGAUCUAAUGGGUGAUAUUCCUUAG